CUGGUAGUACACAUAUAUAUAGCGCUAGUCACCAGGAGGAGGCAUCAGUGGUCACCGCGGCAGCUUCAGGAGGUCUUCAGCGCCUAGCUCUUCCGCUAACAUGAGACCCUUCAUCAUCGUCUUCCUGGCCUCGGCUGUCCUCCUCGCCUCCGUGGACGGAAGACGUCAUCAUAAUGGUGGAGGUGGUUUUGGAGGAGGCGGCGGAUUUGGAGGCGGUGGUGGCUUUGGAGGUGGUGGUGGUGGAGGAUUUGGAGGCGGCGGUGGAAUAGGACACCGUGGAGGCGGAGGUGGCUUUGGAGGAGGCGGCGGUGGCGGACAUCGUGGAGGUGGUGGCGGCGGCGGUUUUGGAGGAGGCGGUGGAUUUGGAAAAUAAACCGCGUAUUUAUUACACAGGGAACUAUUGUUUAGUCUUUUAGUGAAUAAAGAUUUCUCUGGUAGAAUAAUUAUACAA